AUGGAUGAAACUGGACCUGUGAUUGUAGCAUUUCAAGAUUUAGUAAAGGGAGUUGAUUAUAACACUUUAGAAAAUGCCUUUGGACCCGAUUCAUUAGGUAUUAUACUUGUAAAGAAUCUACCAGAGAAAUUUCAUGAAUUGAGGCUAAGAGUAUUAAAAAGUGCUUCUAUAUUAGCGAAUUUGCCCAACGACGAAUUGUCCAAAUUAGAAUCAGAAGAGUCUAUGUGGUUAUCGGGAUGGUCUUGUGGGAAAGAAAUAUUGGGUAGUAGUGGCAAGCCUGAUUAUAAUAAAGGAUCAUAUUAUAUGAACUGUGCCUUUCAUAAGGAUCCUAAAUUAGAGGGACCAAUUCAUAGUAUCUGUGACGAAUUCAAAGACUUUAAAACUUAUACCACUUGGAACAUAUGGCCAUCAAAUCAAUUAGAAGGAUUAACUACAUUUGAGAAUGACUGUAAAGAGCUAUGCAAUUUGAUUAUAGAUGUAGCUCAAUCUGUUGCGUCCAAUUGUGAUAAUUAUAUAGCUAAGACACAACCUAACUACGAACAACAUUUUUUGGAACGAAUUGUUAAGAACUCGACUUCAACAAAGGCAAGGUUAUUACAUUACUAUCCAUCCGACGGAACUUCAACAAAUGAUGACGAUUGGUGCGGUGAACAUUUAGAUCACUCAUGUAUUACGGGACUUACUUCUGCGUUACUUUUUGAUGAGUCAAAGGGUUUAACACAUGACUUAGACUACUCUCCAGAUCCCGAGGCUGGUUUGUAUAUUCGUAACAGGCAUAAUGAAGUUGUUAAAGUUAACAUUCCUGCUAAUUGCUUAGCUUUUCAAUCUGGAUCUGCCUUAGAGGAAGUAUCAAAGGGUGGCUUCAAAGCAGUUCCUCAUUACGUAAAGGGUACUAAACAAAAGAACAUUGCUAGGAAUACACUAGCAGUUUUUUGCCAGCCUGAUUUAAAUGAAAAAGUCAAUGAAAGCGAAAACUUUGCUCAAUACGCCGAAAGGAUUCUAUCAUAUAAUCAUUAA